UACGGCGUGUCUAUUUAGUUUUUAAUGAUCGAGGGGAGGGGGGCUCCUUAAAAAUGUGUCCCUGCCUGCCUGCCUGCCCCAUAGAGGUGCAGGGACCCGAGUGCGGAGAUCCACAGCACAUCAGCACCACUGCCCGGAAGCACUCGCAGACGUGAACAUGGCAUCACGUACCAUCCUCCACGCCGGACUCCUUCUGGCCAUGGUUUUGUUACCAGAAUUCCUGGGGGCCGUCCCGCUCCAGCAACACAAGGAGGCGGAAGGCUCCGACAAUGUGAAGGCCCAGGUGAUGUCCAACCUGAAGAAGCUGGUGCGCCACAGGAGGAACGUGCCCGUCAUGGCCGUGCCUCAGUUCAAACGCCUUCCUGACUUCUGGGGCUGGUACAAGUACUUCAUGGACUCCCACAACCAGGAGGGCGUUGAGGAUUUGGACCGUCUCUACAUGGCGUACCUGCAAAACAAGCACAGGUCAGAGGAGGGCCCCACCUUCAACCACUACCUCAAACACCUGAGCGAAAUCUACAAGGCCUGCGCCGACUCCGACGACCCAGAAUGCAUUGCAGAGUCCACCAGCAAGCCCAAAGCUGCUGUGGUGAUGCCCGCCCCCAUCAAGUCUGCCGCCGUCAGAAUGUGCAACCCCUACAUCGACCCCUACUGCCUCUUCCCUCUGGCACCCAAGGCCGCCGCGCCCGAGCCGGCUCCGGCCAAAGCGCCCGCCCCGAUACUGCCCAUGCCGAUGAAAAGCCCCAGCGGGUUCUACUACUACGCCCCCGUUCUCGAGUCUUUCCUGAGCCACGAGCAGAAAUCUGAGCUGCUGAGGAUCUGCAACCAUGAUGACGUCGAGUGUCUCCAGUACCACUUAAGGGCGGCGUACGGCUACCGCCCUGCGACCGGACCCGCUCCUUCUUACAGUGCCCUCGGAUGUGACCCCAACGACCCUAACUGCAUGCCGUUAAUGAUGCAGAAAUCCCCCGCUGGUUUCUACCACCACCUCUACCCCGGCUGUGACCCCGCAGUGGACCCCCUCUGUGUGGGCAACGUAGCCGCCCAAAGUGCCAACUCUGGGGCGCCACAAGAGCAGCACUGCAACCCCCUCUUUGAUGCAGGCUGCAACCCCCUGACCGCCACGAAGCUGUCCAGCCUCACUAAGCCCGUGAUGGAGUACGCCCCCAAGGGCCAGCCCGCACACGUCGCCGCUCCCCUGGCUUGCGACCCCCGCUACGAUCCGUACUGCAUACUAGCGGCUGCCGCCGCCCUACGCAAGACCCAGGCGCACCAGGUCCGCUCCAAGCUGGGCAUCCGCGGCAAGACCAAGGAGGGCUAUGACUGCUAUGUGCACUAUGACAAAGACUGCACGCCGUUGGAGUCUCACGCCAACGCCAACGCCGACACCCAGCCCCUCUGCCACCCGUAUGACCCCACCUGUGCCAAAUUCACCGCACCCCCAGCCAUGCGAGCCCAGACAUCCGGCACGGGUGGCAUUAUCUUCCCGGACCCCGACUGCGACCCUGAGUUUGACUACAACUGUCGCCUGCGUCGCGCCGGUACCGUUGAGAAAGCGGUACACGAGCCCGCUAAGAAGUCCACGAAAUCCGGAAUCCGUUUUGAGGACUUCCUGCGAGGCGUCAUGAGCCAGCAUAAAUCCAUGUAGAAAACCAGAAUCCUAGAAUACUCCCCCCGCCACCUGAAGCUACUUUUUGGACUAGCUGUUAUUGUUAGCAGCAGUGCAGGUAAACCAUGUGACAGUUCUUGAGUGAAUGUGUUUGUUUUUGUUGUGUGGACACGCAAACAGUCAAAGUGUAUUUAAUGUCGUUUUCCGCCUCCCAUCGCUUCUUUUAUGUAGAUUGGUUGACGUUCUUAAAGAAAUAAACAUUUGAAAAAUAACAAAAGAAGUUACUCAUUUCUCUCAAGUGCCACAUGUUGGCGACCAUGUACCCCUUUAAGGCUGACGGCCAACGGGGAAGAAAAAAGAAAUGGAGCCUAUCCCAGCUGACAUGUAUAGACACACAACCAUUCACACCAGUCUCCAAUGUGGGGGGGUGGGUGACCACCAUGCGGCCCCUGUGUCACCACGAGC